CCGUGUGGGGAUGACCUACUUGGCCCGGGAGGAGGAGAGGAACCAAGGGAGCAACCGCCGCCACUGCUCUGCCGGCACCUCCAUCCUCUGCAUUGUGGCCUGGUAUGCUUCUGCUUCUCUGCAGCUCGAAUUGGAUCUAUAGUCGACCCUCCUCCGGUCCGGGGAGGCAAAUGCAGUGGGGGUCAUGAUUAUCAUGAGUUGGGGGUCGCGAUUAGUACUUGCGGCAGAAAUCAUGGAUGUCCUUAUGGAAUUUAUCUUCUUAAUCUAUUCACUGUACUUUGGCCUAAUGGAUGUUUGGCAGCAGUACUCCUCUUUUCUUUGAACUGAAACACGAGCUACUGUAUAGUUGGGCAUAGAAAUGCAGGCUCAUUUCUUUCCAUAUGUUUCAAGGCGUGAAACUGUAAUGAUGUAUUGGUAUAGGUAAAUUUUCUCAGCCUGUUGCAUUAUUUUACAUACAUGCUGUAUCAUUGUAGUUCAGCCUCGUUGGUACGUUAGGAACUUACUUUUCUCAGAAAGGCAAUAUUAUACUCCAAUAUUCAUAACUAGACCUUCAACAGACCAAGUCUUCAGAACUUCAUCGGCAAAAGAGAGAAAACUAGUGCUCCAAUAGAUGAUAAAAUAUUACAAGGAACUGUAAGCAAGUUUCUCCGGGUGAUUCGUUGAAUAAAAAAAUUAUAAAUUAAAUCAAAAAGAAGUGGAGAUAUUCCUUUCCUGCUCCAGAUGCCAAUUCCAAAUAAACUAUUGUAAUUAGGACCCUUGUUUCAGAAUAUGGAUGCAGAACGUUUCUAGCACACAAAGAUGUGUCAUCAAAUCAGUGAUAUUAUAACUGUAGAUGUUUCUUCAUAGUCAAAGUGGUACUUUUAUAACACUUCGCUUGUACAAAUUUGCUAAACGACACCACAAAAUGAUCAGGAACAUAUCAACAAAAUUUUAAAAACUUAAGAUCCAUUGACGUGCCCGGAUUUUGAAAAGUAAGUACUAUUACAGGGUUUAAUGUCGUUGCUUCGGUCCGCGAUUUCUUAAAAAGCAAGGUACUGAUUAGCGAGUCAUGGAUGAUUAUUGGUUUGACUUCUGUUUUCAGAAACAUUCAAAAUAAGUUAGCUGUGACACACAUUUUUUAAGGCUUAUAUUUCCACGGCUACAUUGUUUAUAAAUAAGUCACCGUUUUAGUUGCGUCUAGUUCCCGUAAACCAGACAGUGGUAUUGUUUCUACUGGCAAGGAAAUUUAAUCAGUUUUUCCCUUGAAAGGUUGGGUGAGAACAAAAGGGUGACCUCUGUUCACUAACUUUUCUUGUGUAUUAGUUUCAUAUGUGCAGGUUGUCAAGUGGAAACUUGUCGGCCGUGCUGAACAAACUUUCCUUUAUUUUUAUGGGUCUAAUAUAUCGUCAAACAAUGUUGCACACGUAUUACUGGUCUAGCUGUCAAAAAAGGGUAUGGUUGAAAUUUUAAUGACAGCAAUGUGUAGUUUUGUUAAGGCCUGAAGAGGAAGUGCUCAAUUUUUCUGUUCUAACUAUGACAAUAAACAGUUCUUAUUUGUCUGCAAUCGCUGAUCCUCAUCGACAGAAACUAGCAGGCCCAUUAAUAGGGAAUAUGAAUUUAUGUGUAUAUGGGCCACAUGAUCUGUGUUGGAAUUCUCAUGAUCACGGAAUCUUGGCUGCCUGAAGUUAGAAUUGUAAGAUUCAGUUCCAGUAUAACACUUAUGCAUGGGGGCAAAUUCAAUGGGGGUUCAUCACUCAUAUACUGUCCGUAAAAAUGAUUCUGUUGGAGCAAUUAGCUUCAAGGAGAGCUUAAAUAUAUCAAGCUUCAUGCACUAGCCAACGCAACCAAAAGUCCGAACUGAUGGAAAGGGCUAGGCAAUCCACUUAUAUAUCUCAACAAUAUAUAUCUCAACACCCCUCCUCACGUGUGACCGGAAGAAGAGGAGGUCAACACGUGGAAAGCAGAAUAGCACACGUAUGAAUGAUCGUAUACGCGGCGGACAUAGAGGUGGGUAAAUAUUGCGAGAACCAGGACUCGAACUCGAGACCCUGGGUUCUAAUACCAUGUCAAAACUUCAUGCACUAGCCAACGCAACCAAAAGUCCGAACUGAUGGAAAGGGCUAGACAAUCCACUUAUAUAUCUCAACAAUAUAUAUCUCAACAAAAUACAAUUGUCCAGAUAAAGCUUGGCCAUCUCUUGUAGCCAUUUCGAUUAGAUACUUCAGAUCAAAAUAAGAAUGAAAAUAUAUAAUCGAUGUUUCCCGGUCUCUCCUCCAACUGUAGCCCUCUAGAAUAGUUGGCAUCAUCUGGAAAUCACAUAAUUGACUCGCUACCUUGCGUAGUUGUUCUUACAACGUUCACAAAGUGGUUUCUUACAUGUUAUCCACACACUAGAGUCCAGAUUCUGACAUCAUGGUCUGCUUAUCUGUGGAGUAUCUAGAUCACCUCAUGCGGAAGAUGAUUGCAGUUCAGAUUUUGACAUCUGAACAUCACUUUACCAACUACUCCUAUCUUCACAGGCCAUAGCAGUCGUGUGAUAAAUUCAGUGAGCAUUUGUGCCUUGCUGGAAGGACUUAAUUACAAUAUACGUUGUUGUUUUCGUGAAAGCCUAUUUUCAACGCCGAGCUUAUAUAAUUUUAAGGAGACAUAACUUUGCAAACAAUUUUUUGACAAAGCAUAUUUUUGUAUUAAUUAUGCAUAGCAUAAUUAUUGAUAAAACUAAUGAUAACUCUGCACUAUUUGAAUAAAUUAUUGGUCUUCAACCAUGCCUUUUCUUUUCAAGGAAAAAAUGGUUAUUGUCUUAAGAAAAUAGAAAGGUGUUUUAGUUUCCUAAUGCUAUUGGAGAAAUGUGAAUGUGAUACUGGCGCAUAAUGCUCCUCCAUAUCCAUGAGGAACUCAUCUUGUUUACACCUACACCUCUAUGUUGAAGUUGAAACUUUUGAAUGUCAAAGUGAUAGUUUUCCCGGACCUCAGUUGUAAUAUGAAUAUCCGUUUCCCAAAGUCGAAUGUUUUCUGGAUGCGAGCUGAAAGUUCAGAAUCUCAUGUUCCUAAUUUUCAUGUUUGCUUGAAAGUACUCAUUUGAAUGGUAAGUUCUGAGUCUAAAGCUUAUCAAAUCUUGGUAAAAAAAUCGAUAUGAAUGUUUUGAUUCUAUUUGUAAAAGCGGAAUAAAUGGUUUAGAAGAGACCCAUGACAGUGAGUUCAUAACUCAUGUAACCUGAAUUAGCAUUGUCCAUUGUAAUAGCCUCUGUAUCGGUGCGUUUACAUUCCCUGAGGCCUUUAUUAGGAAGCCCAUACACGUAAACCCCAUGCUCACCGUGUCUGCCAAUAUAUUAAGAUCAUGAAACAGUUCUCUUUGGAAACAACUACAACAAUGGAAGUAGUUCCACUUUUUAAAUUGAUUGCACGCUUUGUCUUGCAUUAUAAAAAAUAUAUGUUGAAUUUAAUAGCAGGAGAGUUAAUAUAAUAUUAUUGAAAGGACAAGCAUGAGAUAGUAAGCCCAAUCUAUUCGCUGAUACUUAAUCAUCUGUGCCUUAAAACUAUUUAUUUGGUCAAACCUUAUCAUUAGCCAGCCACUACUAUAUAUAUGUUACUUGCUACCUGCUUCCUCUUUGCCUCAUCACUCAAGACAUUUCCCUCUUCUUGAUAUGGAGCUUGAGCUUAGUCUUGGAGAUUCUCUAGCACCAGUGAAGCACACCAUCACGCAUGCACAGGCACCUACAUGCACAGGCAAGGGAGAAGGCCAUGAUCUUGCGCUCGGACUUGGAGUAACGCCUACCAAAGGAUCUGGACAAGAUAGCCAAAGGAAAAGCCUACCACGAGAAGAUACUGAGGUGCUAGAAGAUGAUGAAGCAUGCCCUCAGGUUGAGCUGCCUGUCCAGGCAAGCAUCAGCUGCGCGCUGAACCUAGUCUCUGCACAAACAGGGAGUAUGAAUUCGGAGAUGUGCAGACCAGGGUUUGAUGUGAACGUUGUUCAGGUGGACGGUGGAGCAUCGCUAGUGAGGUCUUUGUCGCCAUCAUUCAUGCAGGUCGAGGUUCCUUGGAUACAUGCAGUCGAUCAAGAAGCUUCAGAGGAUGAGGAGAACGGAGGUGGCAGGGUGAGGAAGAAGCUAAGGCUGUCCAAGAAACAGUCUGCGUUUCUAGAAGAUAGCUUCAAAGAGCACAGCACCCUAACCAUGGAACAGAAGAGCAAUAUAGCCAACCGGCUCAGCCUUCGACCACGCCAAGUUGAGGUCUGGUUCCAAAACAGAAGAGCUAGGACGAAGCUGAAGCAAACCGAAAUGGACUGCGAGUACCUGAAGCGUUCCUGCCAGACGCUGACGCAGGAGAACCGAAGGCUCCAAAGGGAGGUGGCAGAGCUGCGGGCUUUCCGUCCCACAUACCCUCUCUACAACCACCACCUCUAUGGGGCCAGGGCUUGCCCAUCAUGUGAUAAUAAGGCUACAACCUACAACAAUCCUCUCUUUGUCAUUCCCAGUAAUGCCACCGUGCCAUCUCCGAGACCGAGUGCCUCGCCGCCAUCGGCGAUGUCUACCUUAUUCGCCAGGCCUCACUUUGGCCCCUUCACCACCGGCCACCCGGUGCUCCGCCGCCAGCCAUCAGCGACCUCGUGAUACGGUGGCUAGCUUGCGCUUGUGCAUCCAUGUUGGCGUGUAAGUUCUGCAGAUAGUUUGUGUCUGUACAUAGAAAGAAAAGAACCAUACUUAGCUAGGUAGAUUUGUAUGAAUGUGCAGUGCUCAAGCUAACAAAUUGCAUCAUGUGGUGUCGUGCUCUUGCAUGCAAGCGACCCGAUGUUAGUUUGUGCUAAUUAAACCUCGUAGUAGGUGUGGAAUAUUUGCGGUUGCGUGUGUUGCUGACUUUGUAGAGCUUGGCUUUGUACAAUAUAGGAUGUGAUAUGUGUUGUCAUAAUCCUGGCAUGGCAAUAGUCCUCUUUCCACUUGUGUA